AUGGUUUCUGCUGGCUACUCGCCGGCCGGCGAUGCCACGGCCCAUACCCUCCACCAUGCCCUCGGCAACCUCGGCGGUCCACGCAAGAACUGGAUGUUGCCUUCCAGUGCCCCCGUUGAGCCCCCGGCACUUCCCGCACAACCCUCCGCCAAUCCUCUGCCAUUCACAGUCCGUGGCCGUGGAAGGCCUCGUAAAAUACCCUCUCAGAGACGCCCUUCUUUGCACCCCGUAGACCCAUCCGUCCAGUCACACUACACAGGCCAGCCAGAGCAGCACCCGGCUUCCAACUACACUUCAUCUCCCCAGCUAGCCAAUGCUCUGGCUCCUAGACCUUCCCUUGCUUCUGUGCUUCCUUCGUCAACUCCCAGUGAAGAUGCAGCAACCAGCGCGGCAACGGCAGCGGCGGCAACAAUAACCAUGUCACCAGCGGUAGCAACAGUAUCACCAACUACGUAUAGUCCAGCGGCCAGUGCGGACGCCUUCACCUUCGACUCUGCCGGAGCAGCCUAUGCGCCAGAAACACCUCUAGAGCACGUAUCCAUGGACCCGUUGCAGCGUAGGCGCCCCUCACACGGCUCAGUAGAUGGGCAUACCCGCCAGGUAUAUGCUCCGCACAAAUCUACAAACCUCCGGCCGGCAGUCAGACAAAACAUGACAAACACGAUGUCCCAUGUUGCCACAGAUAUUGCAACCCCAAACCUGCCGCGCCGCCCAUCAUUAAAUACGUAUUCGCAGGCCAACAGCCCAAUACAAAGACAGGCUCACUCCCACAGUCCUUCCACCUUGACACACCCACCUGGCCAAGUGUCAUCUCCACAUUUGCCCGCAGGCGUACAAUUCCACCACUCAGCCGAGCGCAGGACAACGGCUCUACCACAAACAUUUCAAGGCACCUCGCCCGCCUCCCCAAACAUGUCAUUCACAAUGUCGCCGUGGUAUACAACCAAGAGCUGUUUGGACCAACUAAAAGCAUUCCAGGUGUCAAUGUCUGCUUUACCCAGCCACUCUCGUGACAGAUUGCGUUUUGGUGUGCUACGAGAUGCAACCGAGAAGGAAGACUGGUUCUAUUUGACCAUCCACCAGUGCUAUUGUAUGCUCACCACAGCCCCCGAGGCUCUACCUGAUACCAUAAAAAAUCUCCCAGGCUUGCCUGAGGCACAAAAGGUACUGCAGGAUAUUCUUGAACCCAACUACAUUCUGAGUUCUAGUGUCCUAGACUUCUUCUCGAAUUACCCGUAUCCCAUGCAAGCAAUCUUUGCCAAGUGGCCCUCGGGGUUUGAUUACCAGGUGCAUUUGUUCACCAUGUUUGUAGCUCAUUGCCUCAACUACGAACACCUAAGGAGUACAUGCGAUCAGCGUCGUUAUCCGCCACUCGCACGCGAACUUGACACAACUCUCUGCGUCCCUUCGCCCAUUUUUCAGCGCCUUGUGUUUACUGGUUUUUUACGCUACCUCUGGCGCGCCAACCAAAAAGCCCCCUUCGCGGAAAAAUUCGAGGUCAUGGCUGUUUCUGUUUUUCAGCAAAAUCAGGUCGAUUAUUACCGCCAAAAACAUGAAUCGGCCUCUGCCCAGUCUCGAGAGGCACUGGCUGCGGAACAAGUCUGUGCUUCCAAACUUCGAGCGGCUGUCGAAGGCUAUGAAAAUGCCCUUCGCCAAGGAGGUAUUCCAUCAAGCCCCAUCUACCAGCCGCACCAACAGCAACUGCAACACCAGCAGCAGCAGCACCAAUAUCAACAGCACCAACACCAGCAAAGACAGAGCAAUACUGCGAGGCAGCCCAACGCCAACGGUGUCACAAGCCCAUACCUUCAGCAGCAUGUUGUUCAUCAAGUGUAUGAACAGAAUUACACUCCGGCUCUGCCAAUCAACACAAAUAUACAAACUCAACCAGCACCAAUACCAGCUCAACCAACACCAAUAUCAACUCAAAUCCAGACGAAGCCGCCCACAAGCUUGCUUCCACCAUCUGGGCGCGUACAGCCUCAACAGCGUGUGCCCAAUCCCGCUAGAUUUUCUCUCCAUCAGGCCCAUCUGCGAAGCCCCGUCCUCAAUGCUCAUUCCGUUCCAUCGCCGCUAUAUGGAUUCCAAGAAGGAUAUGUCAAAUUUCCUGCACGGCUGUCGGAACCAGGUUGUACAAUGGAAAAAUGGGUUUUUGUAGUGACACCUGAAAGGAUAAGCUCGUUCCCUAAGACUGUCCGCCGAUCAGUGGCCGACCCCGGCGUCCGGAAUAUCAAUGAGGCAAACAAGAUUGCUCGUCUGCGUUGCAUCAAAUGGACAAAGGGGACAGAUACACCAAAGGAACAUGUCUGGGCAACCACUGAUACAUCGUGGAUACCGUACCUGUAUCUCAGUUUAAACGGUACGCGUCUCGAAGCACGCAAAAAGACGCAUCACGGUAAGGACCUAGCCGUCGAUGUGACCGAUCUACUUCGCGAGGGCGAAAACGUUCUCGAAAUGACCGUCAUGGCCCAACCAAGCGAUACAUCGCACUGGGACUACCUCCUUGGCAUCGAGGCCAUCAACAUCAUCUCUCACGAUUCCAUCAAGCUAAACUGCACAACUCAAAACUGCGUCUCAGCUCACACAGUCCUCGACUCCAUCAAACAGAAACUCUCAGGCUCCUCCGCUACCGCGGCUACCGACGACGAUGACGACCUCCACAUCGUCCAAAGCAACAUGACCAUCAACCUCCGCGAACCCUUUAGCCAAUCCACACUCUGUGACACCCCCGUCCGCAGCAGAUUCUGUCUCCACAACGACUGCUUCGACCUCGACAUCUUCUUGCGCUCUCGACUGGGAAAAAGCCAUGUGUCCCCCGUGGACCAAUGGAAAUGUCCAAUCUGCGGCACCGACGCCAGACCGAAUGUGCUGGUCCACGAUGGCUUUAUCGAGCAUGUCAACAUGGCGCUUGAAGCGAGGGGAUUGAGCGAGACAAGACAGAUUGUUGUACUGCAGGAUGGGACGUGGAGGGUUAAAGAUGAGGCCGAGGGCGGUGGCGCAGUGCAGCGGCGCGAGUCUGAAGAGGGUAAGGUUGCUACGCCUACGACUGCUACUGCCUAUGCGAUACCCGGGUCGUCGGUGUCGAGGCUCUCGAGUAUACCGGUUGAUGCCGAGGUUAUUGAUCUUAGUGACUAA